UCCUUUUCUUUUUCUUUCGUGUUUUAACAGGUCUGAAAGACUGAAACCCAAUGUAGGCGUGGAACACAUCCAGCCUGAUCCAAGCAAACUGGCACAGAGCCAACUGGGGAACGGCAAUGGACAAGCAGAAGCAAUCGGAAUUGCCCAAGGUUUAGACGAUGACUCGAUGCAGUUUGGGGAAGAGCUAGGGAAGAUCCAGUUCUCGCUCAUGUAUGACUUCCCAGACCAAACGCUGGUGCUAAGGAUAGUCAAAGCAAAUCAUCUACCUGCCAAAGAUUUUAGCGGAACAAGUGAUCCUUUUGUCAAAAUCAUGCUCCUGCCAGAUAAAAAAGUCAAAAUGGAGACAAAGGUGAAGAGGAAAAACCUGAAUCCCAUCUGGAACGAGUCUUUCCAUUUUGAAGGUUAUCCAUACAGCAAAAUACAAGAGCGUGUCCUACAUCUGCAGGUGCUAGACUACGAUCGCUUCAGUAGAAACGACCCGAUUGGAGAGAUCAACUUGCCACUAGCCGAGAUCGACCUGACCCACGAGAAGUUAUACUGGAGGUCACUUACGCCGAGUAAAAAAUCAUCAGGUAAACUAGGAAGUUUACUAAUAUCUCUCUGCUAUGCACCUACGGCAGGAAGGAUAACUAUAACAGUCCUCAAGUGUCAAAACCUUGCAGCCAAAGAUAUCACCGGAAAAUCAGAUCCUUACGUGAAAAUCUGGCACAUGCACAAGGACAAACGCGUCGAGAAGAAGAAAACCGUCAUCAAGUACCACACGCUUAACCCCGUUUAUAACGAGUCCUUCGUCUUCAACAUCCCGCUCGACAGGAUACGCGACACGACCUUCGUCGUCUCGGUCCUCGACAAGGACCGGCUCUCAAAGAACGAUAUGAUCGGUGGGAUCCUCCUUGGGGCGCGAACGUCGCCGGCCGAAAUGAGCCAUUGGAACGAGAUGAUGAGCAAGCCGCGGACUAAUAUCGCAAAAUGGCACGUGCUGAAAGGCGUUAAUUGAUGAUUGCGCCACCGAGGGGGCUGUUCGACGUGGAGUCGGUUCUUUCAACAGUUGUAAUGCGUAUUUCAUCGAUGAGGAAAUUCGCGAUUGUAGUUGUAUUGGAACCAUGAGAGAUAGGACAGUUAAAAUAUCAUACAGUUAGCAUUCUCUUAUCAGGGGAACUAUUCUUAUCUUCAGAAUCUUAUCGCUACAGAGAGGUUUUCGACGAGGAGUUGGUUCUUUCAACAGUUGUAAUGCGUAUCCCAUCGAUGAUAGACCUCCAGCCGACUAUCAGAUGGAAAUUCGUGAUUCUAGUUAUAUAGCGAGCAUAAGAGAUUGGACAGUUAAAAUGUCAUACAGGUAGUACUCUCUUAUCAGGGGAAUUAAUUGCAUCUUCAGAAUCGCAUAGAAGCACAUCAUCUUUUAGUGUUCGUCUCAAUGCGUAUGCUCAUGGGUAUGGAGAGGCGACAUCAAUUAAAUGCCAAGGCUUUGUGAUGGUACAUAUACAUGCAUAGGAGUGGAUUACAUGAAUUCCACAAGAUAUUAACAUUGAUGUACUUUGAUCUACCCGUUACUACGUGUACAUUGACUUCUACACUACAUAACAUAAUAUCUUUGAUGAUGAUGAUGUCAUAAUUCACGAGAGGACCUUUAUUACUUCUGACACUCGAUGCAUUUUUCUACAGGCUACCGGUACUUGAACUCCUGUAUUAAGGGAGGCAAUAACCAGUGAAAUGCCUAGGAAUAUAACAAUACCUCAGCAGCAGCCACCUUUGCAUAGCAAGAUAGUGCAGAAUAAAAUCCCUUGUUAUCAUUAUCC